CCUGCAGCUCGGGAGGGUGAGCGUCAUGGAGGCUUUUUGCUCUCUCCCAGUGACCCCGGACUUGUCCACGCUGCGUGCCAAGUUGCAGGGGCUGCUGCAGUUCCUGAGGAAAGCCCUGCCCAUUUCCAGUGCACAUACAGUGGACUUCUACACGGAGUCCGUAUGGGAGAAAUUGGUCGACCUGUCUCCGGAAACUGUGCUGGAAGUGCUGAAGAGGUCGACGAGGGAGGCACUGGCCCGGCCCUCGGACACGCGCCCCCUGAUGGAAGCCGGGAAGGAAUCAGGUAUUACUGAUUUUCCUAAAAUAUUUUGUGAAACUUCUCAGAAGCUGGUUAGUGUGGAAGCCUUUGCUCUGGCUGCAAAGUAUUAUUCUGUACAAAACUUGGGAAUAUGUAUUCCUUUUGAACAGUUACUUAUAGCCCUUCAAGGAAAUCAGAAACAGAAAACUGGUGAGAAUGUGAAGCUAGAUGAGUUUAUGAACUUGAAAAAGUCUCAUGAAGUUCAGGCAAUGUCAGAGCUGAUCUGCAGUAUUGCUGAUUACUAUGGAAUAAAGCAGAUAAUUGACCUGGGUUCUGGAAAAGGCUACUUAAGUUCCUAUUUAUCCUUGAAGUAUGGCUUAAAAGUUUAUGGAAUCGAUUCUUCAAAUACCAAUACUCAUGGAGCUCAGGAGAGAAACAGGAAGUUGAAGAAACACUGGAGCGUCUAUUAUACUCGGUCAAAAUUAGGUGUGAAUGAAUUGGCAUUAAAAAUGGCAAAGGAAAAGAAAGUGCAAGAUCAAAUAAAAAAUAAAGGUGACAUUGAGAGAGUAUGUAACAACAGUCCUGCAAAUCAAGAAAUGAUGUUUACAUCAGCAUUUCUGCCAGAUUUUUCAAGCUCUGUAAUUUCUAACAUCAGAAAACAAAUGGAAAACCUACAUGUUUAUUCACAUCGAGAAGAAAAUUUAUGUUUUGAAAAUGCCUUUUCUCUUAUUGACCUUUUGCCUAUUAAUGCCAUAGAACCUACUUCUUCAUCCCAAAUACCCAAGAGAAAAAUGUCUGAAGCAAAUAAAGAGAGAAGAGAAACAACAUCAAAGUCAAAUGAAACAUAUAUAUAUUCACCUUUAACAUCUUUUAUCACUGCUGAUUCAGAACUACAUGAUAUUAUUAAAGAUCUGGAGGAUUGCUUGAUGGUAGGUCUACAUACUUGUGGUGAUCUUGCUCCAAAUACUCUGCGAAUAUUUACUUCCAAUUCUGAAAUCAAGGGAGUUUGCAGUGUGGGUUGUUGCUACCACCUCUUAUCUGAAGAAUUUGAAAACCCACAUAAAGAAUGUACCCAAGAAAAGUGGGGAUUUCCAAUGUGCCACUAUUUAAAGGAGGAGAAGUGGUGUUGUGGUCGUAAUGCCAGAAUGUCAGCAUGUUUGGCGCUGGAGCGGGUAGCAGUUGGCCAAGGGCUGCCUACUGAAUCACUCUUCUAUCGUGCCGUCCUUCAGGAUAUUAUUAAAGAUUGUUACGGCAUCACAAAAUGCGAUCAGCAUGUUGGUAAAAUUUAUUCCAAAUCCUUGUCCUUUCUGGAUUAUGUCAGAAAGUCUCUCAAGAAGCUUGGAUUAGACGAGUCCAAGGUGCCAGAAAAAGUUAUAACAGAUUACUACGAGAAGUAUAAGCCUAGGAUGAAUGAGCUGGAAGCUUUUAAUAUGUUGAAAGUUGUCCUGGCUCCUUGUAUAGAGACAUUAAUUCUUCUAGAUCGACUUUGCUACCUGAAAGAGCAGGAAGACACUGCAUGGUCUGCACUUGUGAAGUUGUUUGAUCCUGUGAAAUCUCCCAGAUGUUAUGCUGUUAUUGCUCUGAAGCAGCAGCACUGAUUUCAGUUGAAGCAGGGUAUCUGUUUGUGGAAUCUAUUGCUGAUUUUGGUUUUCUAAACAUUUAUGUCAUGUUAUGUAAAUAUUUUUAAAACAUUGCCUUACAUUUGAAAUAAGCAAUAAAGUAAUAGCUAACAACAGAAGGCUACCAUCCAUUUUUUCAUUGUCAUAGCAUUCAUUUAAUAAAAUAACAUGUGAAAAUA